UUUAUACAAUCUUGAAGUUGUGUUAAUCGAUCAGCCAUGUUAGGAAGUAAAAAUAUAACUCCUUGAUAUCAACUUUAAUUGAAUAUUUGUUUUUUUUUUUAUUUUUUAACAAUUCAACACAAAAACAAAUACAAAGUACAAAGUAAAGAUCGAUUAUUUAAAAAGUAAAUAAAUAAAUAUAAUAAAUUGGCCGUUGACACUGUUGCAGUGACAGCACGAAGGUCAAAGUUCGAGCCGUUUUCAAGUGAUUGGAGCAAAUCAGAGUAACUCCGAAAUACAUUCGGGGUCCAAGUGCUAUAUUAUGGGUCUGUCAAACAAAUAUCGAAAUUGUAAAUACCUGCACUCGGGGCCCAAAAUGAUUGACAAAAAUUGCACUCAUGCCUUACUAUGUAUUUUUUUCCAAGAUAGAUUUUGGCAUUGUCAACUUUGAAACAUAAACAAUGCCGCUUAUUGGUCGCUAUUGUAAAACUGAUGUCAACCUGCAGAAACACCUCAUUUUGCGACCAAUCAGGGUCAAGCGUUAUUAUUUAUGUUUCAAAGUUUUCAAUGUCAAAAUCUAUCUUGGAAAAAAAUAAAGUGUAGUUCGCCAUCUCGUAUUUUCGAAUAUUCUCGCAUACGAAAUUGGAUACGAUUUCGAAUGCUUAACAUCUAAUUUACAUUGCUGUCAGUAAAACUUCGUAUUUUACGAAAUGUAGUAAAGAAUUCGAAAAUCCCGGAACAACUGGAGAAAAAUGUCAAACAGAGUAACCAAAAAUAGAAACGGUACAUAUCAUCUGUCAAACAAACAAAACGAAAACAUGUCGACAGUCAAAUAGAAGGUUGUGUUGGUCAAUCCGUGACUGAGAUCGAUGGUGGCUUUUAAUUUUUCUAAAAAUAUUAAUAAACAAUUUCUUAUUGUAAAUAUUGAUUUUUUCCAAUAAAAAUGUUAAACGCAAGCUCGUAGUAUUAAAAGUGCCGAAAAUUUCCAACAUAUACCGUUAAGUUUUAUUAUUUUUUGGAUUCUUUUUGACAAAUCGAGGUUAAGGCCUGCGUCUCAUUUAAAUAUUUCUAAAAGAGUCCCUUUUUUCUCUCCAAAACAAAUAAUUUUGGACUUAAGAAUAUUCCUCUGGUCAAUGUACUACGGUUUUGGUUUAAAAUUUUCUUCAAAUGAAAAUGCCAACCAUCUUAAAGUUUGAUCCUAGUUGAGACUUAAUUUUUGACCUAUUGUCUUGUUUAUUUGUCAAUUUUUGAUAUACAAUUAAAGUUUUAUUACCAUAGGAAAUGAACGGGAUGGACCAUAGACAUCAUAGUAAUCAUCAUAAUCAUAAUGGUCCUGUACCUACAAAGCCAAAAAACUACAAGUUGCUGGUUGACCCGUGCUUGGUUAAAGGGGGGCCGAAAUUGUACAGAUAUGAUGGUAUUGUGCCUGGUGAUAAGUCAUAUCCUCCUGUGACUAGCACCAGGGAUCCCCGCUCCCACUUGACUAGAAUAUGGACUCGUCUAGAAAUUUUGGAGUUGCCAGUGCCUAGGUUUAAAAUCGACGAAAAUUACGUGGGCGAUCCACCAUCAAUAGAGGUGACCAUUUUUCAUCUUAACGACAAUAUUGACAAACAGUUCUUGAAAGAUAUUGUCCAGAAAUUUGGUGUCAUCGAGGAGCCCAUUAUUUAUUACCAUCCUGUCACAAAUAAACAUUUAGGCAUAGGUAGAGUAGUUUUUGAAGACGUAGAAUCAGCCAAACAAUGCGUGGAAAAAUUAAACAAUACCAGUGUAAUGGGAAAGGUUCUAGAUGUAUUUUUAGAUGCAUUUGGGAAAAAGUGCAAAGAAAAAUUUGAGGAACUUACGCUGGAAAAAAAGACAUCUCUACCUGUUCAAGAAGAAGCAAAGGAGUGUAAAAAGUCUACUGAUAACAAGAAGGCUUCCUAUGAUUCUGGGAACGAUAAUGUGAAUGACAGAUUAUACAAAUCAAAAGGCAAAGGAUCGAAACAUCACAAGGAUGAAUAUUCAGAUGAGUAUUCUCGUUCCUCAAAAAAGGAUAGAGAUAGAGAUUGGCAUGAUAGGGAACGAGAUAAAUAUGGAUCAUCUACUAGGGGUUACAGGAUUCCUACUCCUGCCGGCUCUGAUUUAGGUUACGGAACAACUUCUAGUGAAUUUUCAGCCAGUUAUGGGUCUACUGAAUCGACACCUUUAUCGUAUGAUUAUCAUGCAGCUCCAAUCGCACCUGCUUCAACUAGUUUCCCCUUUGCGGCUCCGCCACCUUAUCAUCACCCUCACUUGGCUCCACCGGCCGCACCCUGGCCUGUUUCCCAUCCAUCGUGGCCCGCUGCCGAUCAGUGGGACGGCUCUACAACGUCACAACAGAGUUGGUCAGGCAGCGAUAGUAAAAGGAAAGAGAAAGAUAGAGACAGAGAUCGGGAUAGAGACAGAACCAAAAAUAGGGACCGAGACAAGGAAAGAGAUAGGGAUCGGGACAAGGAAAGGGAUAGGGAACGAGAUAGAAGAAAACAUCAUAGAAGUAAAAAAGAUAGAGACAGAGACAAAGAAAGAGAAGAAGUAAGAAGAGACAAAGAUAAGCUGCUGGAGGAAGAAAAACAACUAGAUUUAGACACCAGAAUCGCAUUGUUACUUAAAGACAAAGGUACCGGAGGUAUGGCUCCGCCAUUUUUGGCUUUGGGAGGCGACUCUGACGAAGAAUCUAGUAGCCCUAGCAAGCAACCGGAGGUUCUUGAAGAAAUUGUAAUACCUAAGCCGACAGUUCGUUUGUCAGCUUCUUUAGACAGUGACGAUGAUCGUUCCAGUAUAUCCUUGAGUGACAUGGCUAUAAAUCCAAUGGCGCCGUCGUCGAAGUUUCAACCCAAGGAAGAAGAAGAGCCACUGUCAACACCCCCCUCUCCAUUCUUAUCCAUGGACAUUUAUUUGGAGUGUCAUAGGUUUGCUCUUGAACAGGCUGUGAUGGUAAAUCAAAAAGAAGCACUAGAAACCUCUGCACUUUUAAAAAAAGUCCAAGAAAUGAACAAUCUCGGUAGCGAUAUUUCAUCUAGCGAAGACGAACUACUAGCCGGUGAAAUGAACUACAGUCCUAUAGAGAGGCGGGACUUUAAAACUAUACCUAAACCUGAGAAAGACGAAGAUAGAAUGAGCAUGUCCAGCGUUAGUAGUACCGAAGGUGUAGGCAUUGAAGAGACGAAACCAGAUCCACCUCCUCAGCCUUCCCAGCAACCUCCUUUACCACCUGGACCACCGACACCUGGGACACCUGCUGGAGCUUAUCCGAAUUAUCCUUUCCCUGCCGCUGGUUACACCGGUCCAGGACCAAACUACGGAUAUCCGUCGGGAUCCAACGGUCCUUCUCAACUGACCUACACACCAGAUUGGAGAGCAUUUCCGUACGGCCCAUCACCGCAUCCUUCCCCCUAUCCUUAUGGACCUCAGUUUUAUCCGACAUUGCAUCCAACAAUGGGUUCUGGUCCGUAUCCGUAUCCUUCCAUGGCAAUACCUCCAUUGAUCAGCGCUGGUAAGGUAGAUGACAAAGAUAAUCCACAUGCGCAGUUGAUCAACACGGUGAUUGGCGAGAUGACGCGGGAAUUGAAGGAUAUCUUGAAAAAGGACUUCACCAAGAAAAUGAUCGAGAUGACGGCGUACAAGACGUUUGAGACAUGGUGGGAAAAUGAAUCUAGUAAGUUUUCGCAAACCAAAGACAAGGAAGAAAUUGAAAAACCUUCUCUCACUAGAGACAAUAUCAACGCUUUGCUGGAACAAAGUAACGAUAUUUAUGGUGGUUUUGAUAAUAGCGAAAUUUCAGUUGGUUUGGGCUUUCGCGCAUCUCUUCCAAAAAUGCCCAGUUUUCGUCGAAAGAAGAUCCCGUCUCCGGUGCCGCUAGAGGACGAAGAGUCGAAAAAUUUGUCGGAUCAAGAAGAGAUCGUACGAGAUGAUGAAGGUAGCGAAACCGAUUAUUCGAGGACAGGCGAAGAUUCUCAAAGAGUGCGGAAAAUAUCGUCAAGUAGUUCCAGCUCGACUUCAGGAUUUAGUUCAGAUGAUGAAAACAGUUCGAGCGACGAGAGUAGCUCGGAUGAGUCUGAUAGGGAGGUUAAACAAAUUAACAGAAGCGAUACCUUGCCUAAAAAAGACGAAAUCUUGGUUGACACGAAAACAGAGCUCCCCGCCUUUGAACUAUUGGAUGACGGCAUUUUGGGAAGAAAUAAAACUCCGACAUUGGUUCAGACUGACACUGAUUCUCAAGAUGCAUGUCUUUCGGACGAAAAAACCCGCCUACUUUCUCCCAAACUUUUCGCCAACUCUACACCCAAAAACAAUUUCGAUAACAUUUAUGACAGUGACAGUGAUGACCACAGUGAAACGGAACGUAUUCUUCUCGAACGAAGACGCAAAAAUGACGAAUGGAUGGAACAGAUAGAGAAAGAACGUCAGGAGAGAGAUCAGGCAGAAAGAGAUAAGAGACUAGUCCAACAAGAGGAAGAUAAGAAAAGGAGAGAGCACGAGGAACAGAGGAAAGAGGAUGAUAGGCGGAAGAAACAAGAGAAAGAAAGAGAGCGGCAAGAGAAAAGAGAGAAAGAAAAAGCAAGGAAGGAAGCGGAAAAGAUUAAGAAAGCAAAAGAAAAAGAAGAACGAGAAAGGCGUAAGGCGGAGAAAGCAAAAGCUAUGUUGGAGUCUCCACCUAGAAUACCGGAGUAUAUGGGCGAGAUUGAUGAUGACGAUGAAGAAACCAAGAGUGCAAUUGAAGAGAUAGAAGAGAAGACCCUGGAAGAAUUGGAAGCUGAAAGGGAUGCUCUUCUACGGCAAGUUAGAAAUCCAGAGCCUCCAGAUGAAGAUAUGGAACUAGACCAAAUAAAGAUGAAAGACAGAGCAUUGAAUGGAAUGACGGACUUCAAGAGACGAUUGUCGACCGGAUCAGGACAGAAUAGUUCUUGUAGUCAGGUGGCCCUGGAUCACUCGUAUUGUCUUUCCCUGCCAGAAGAAAAAGAAAUCAAUGAUCGACUCACAGAUAUACCAGUACCAGACGCUUUAGCUCAUGAUCAUGGUUACACACACAAAGCGGAUCCCGAAGCAGUUCCAGUACCAGUACCAGUGCCAGUGUCAGUGCCAGUGCCAGUCGAAUCGCCUCCUCAACCUAAAAAGGAAAAAGAAAAACCACCUAAACCUCCAAAACAAAAGAAACAGAAAAAACUACAAGAGAUACAAAACAUCAGUUACACUGAUAAAGAUGUGUCCAAAAAUGGAGAAUACAACCCUCACGAACAUAUAACACAUAAAGUUAGGGAUCAGAUGUCCGAGUUUGGUGUUCUCUACGAAUUCCUAACGAAAGGUCUUGAUAAGGAAGAUUCUGACUGUCUUAAAAGAUCGUACGAGGAACUAUUGUCGGACGAUGCGAUGGGUUAUUGGUUGAACGACACCCAUUGGGUAGAUCAUUGUGUUACAGAUCUCUAUUCGAGUCCCCCCAAGAGGAGGAAACGGGACGUGAGAGGACAUGCGUCAGGAAGUGCCAGAACAGAAGGUUACUACAAAAUGUCUGCUCACGAAAAAUCACGAUAUAAGUACCAUCACGCGAAGUCACACGCCAUUCAGACAGAGGCAACCGUUUCUCAGGCAAACAAACAACAAGGAUUGUCAAGAGAAGCGAGAUCAAAUCAACGACGACUUCUCACCGCUUUCGGUGGCGAUACGGAUUCAGAUUUGUUAAAAUUCAACCAAUUGAAGUUUAGAAAGAAGCAACUGAAGUUUGCCAAAUCGGCCAUUCACGAUUGGGGUCUGUUUGCAAUGGAACCUAUCGCUGCAGACGAAAUGGUUAUCGAGUACGUCGGUCAUACGGUUAGGCACAGCUUGGCGGAUUUGAGAGAGGCGAAAUACGAAUCGAUUGGCAUUGGCAGUUCCUACCUUUUCAGAAUCGAUGUGGAAAACGUUAUUGAUGCGACGAAAUGCGGCAACUUGGCGCGAUUUAUCAAUCACAGUUGUAAUCCGAACUGCUACGCCAAGGUAAUCACCAUAGAAUCCCGUAAGAAAAUUGUGAUAUACUCCAAACAACCAAUAGCUGUAAACGAGGAAAUUACUUAUGACUACAAAUUCCCCAUCGAAGAAAAUAAAAUCACCUGUUUGUGCGGCGCCCAAGGUUGUAGGGGAACCCUUAAUUGAAAAGAAAACUUAAAACUUAAAAUUUUAAUUGUGUUCAUCAAGUGGUUUAUAAUAUGAAUUGAAAACUGAUCCAAAGUAAUUAUGUAAUUGUGAGAAAAGAGAUUUACAAGUAAAAAUCGACAUAGAUGCUAUACCUUUUUACGAAGCAUGUAGGAUAUUAAACAAAAAAAAAAACUAUUGUAAAAACGGAAAAUUCAUUGUAUAAAGCUUUUUUUUUAAGAUAAUAAUAAAUAUGUAGAUAUAUGUAUUAGUGAUAAUUAUUAUAAGAUUCAUUAAGCUUUUUUCCAUGUGUUUGUGCAUCGCAGUAAAAUUAUUGAUAAUUUAAUUAAAAAAUUUUAAUUGUACAUAUUACUUUGUUAAAAAUAUUAAAUAGAGAGCGAAUUUGUUAAAAAAUACAAACAUUUUUCAUUUAAAAUAUAGUACAAACAAUUUUCACAUUUUAUUGUGAAGCAAUGUUUAAUUGAAUUAUUAUGAUAACAUAAGUCAUUACAGAUGAGAAAAGGGUCGACAAAAUCGACUGAUCCACUUUCCAGAAUCCGGCAGCAGAAAACUCCGGAGUUAAACCUAGAACAAUACAAUAUUUUUUUGGUAAUAGGCCUAUUGUGAAACAACAAAAUUAGGGUUUUUAUCCCUGUUUUGAGAUUCUAGAUGAGGUUUAAUGACACAAGUUUGGUUUCAAAAUUUGUAAUGGAUUCAGG